AGUGUUGCUGUGUCUCCCAGGCUUGCUAACUGCCAUUUGCCAAAAUUCUCAAGCAAGAAUGGAAUGAUCCCAGAGCGUUAUGUGAUGCCUUGGAAACAAGAUAUGAAGAACAGGAAGUUGAUUUUAAAGAAUGCAGAACUUGCUGGAAUAUAUGCUGGAGCUCUGGAAGACAGUCUGUUUUUGGAACACCGGGAAAGACUUUGCCAUGGAGAAGACAGAAAAAGCAUCCAAGAAAAAAUGCCUAAGGAGAUGUUAGUUGCUGAUAUCCCCAUAUAUUCUCAUUUAUCUAGAUACCAGUCAUCUGUCAUUGCUCUUGCAUGCAGGAGGAAACUCUGAACUGCUUUUUCCUCUUAGACUUAUAGCCAGGUUAGAACUGUGUGCACUAUAAAAUUUAAAUUGCA